AUGGCAGUGGGAGAGGUGUUUCUGGGUGCGUUCCUCCAGGUGUUUUUUGACAGAUUGGCGGAUCGUAGGUUGCUGUCCUUUCUACGUGAAUCUGGGAUAGAUUCAGUGAUAAAGCAGUGGAGGAAAAAGUUAUCGAUGAUUCAAGCAGUACUUAACGACGCAGAAGAGAAGCAACUAACCAACCCGGCAGUGAAAAUCUGGUUGAAUGAUCUAAAAGACUUGGCUUAUGAUGUAGAAGAUAUUCUGGAUGAAUAUGCCACUCAACUUGCAGAGCGCAAAUUGAUGAUUACAGACCAGCCAACGAACAGCUUUACUGGUUAUCUCUCUUCUUUGAUGUCCAACCGUCACAUGGAGUCGGAGAUGGAAGAGAUAACUGACCGUUUGGAAGAUCUUUGUGAACAAAGAGAUUGUCUUGGGUUGAAAGAGAUUGCUGGAGGGACAUCAACUGCUGUACCACAAAGACUACCAACUACAUCCUUGCAACUUGAACCUGCUGUUAUUGGUAGAGAUGAUGAUAAAGCCAAACUACUUGAAAUGAUGUUGCAGGAUAAACCAAGUGAUGCCAACAUUCAUGUAAUACCCAUUGUUGGAAUAGGAGGAAUUGGCAAAACAACACUUGCUCGCGAAGUGUUCAACGACAAGGCAGUGAAAGAUUUUGACCCAAAAGUAUGGGUUUGUGUUUCGGAUCAUGAUAAUUUUGAUGUUCAAAAGAUCUACAAGGCAAUUUUGGAGGAGAUAACUUCCAAGUCUUCCGAUGUGGAGACUCUUAACCAACUACAAGUUAAACUAAGUUCUCAAGUAGUUGGCAAAAAAUUCUUGCUUGUCUUGGAUGACGUCUGGAAUGAGGAUUAUGGUAACUGGGAAAUCCUAAAAACUCCCUUCAUGGCAGGAGCACCAGGGAGUAGGACAAUUGUUACAACACGCAACCUCAAUGUUGUAUCAACAAUGACUGGAUCCAUUGAACAUCAUAAUGUGGAGCUCUUAUCGGAAGAAGACUGCUGGUCCGUGUUCGCCAAACAUGCAUUCGAGAAUAGAGAUAUUGCCAAAUUUACAAAUUUGGAAUAUAUUCGUCAAAAAGUAGCCUCAAAGUGCAGUGGCUUGCCCUUGGCUGCUAGGACUCUUGGUGGCCUUCUACGUUGUGAGCAAAGAGAAAGUAAGUGGAAAGAUAUCUUAGACAGUAAAAUAUGGGAAGAUACGUUGAACUCAAGUAAACAUAGUGAGAUUCCGAUGGUGCUAAAAUUAAGCUACCACCAUCUUCCUUCCCAUCUUAAAAGAUGUUUUGCAUAUUGUGCAAUUUUUCCGAAGAAUUAUGAAUUCAAAGAGGAGGAGCUUGUCCUUUUGUGGAUGACAGAAGGUCUAAUUCAAGAGUCAAAAUACAAUCAAGAAUUAGAAGAUGUAGGUGGUGAAUAUUUUCAAGAUCUGUUAUCAAGAUCACUUUUUCAGAAAGCAAGCAAUAUGUCCCAUUCUACUUAUGUAACGCAUGAUCUCGUUAAUGAUCUAGCAAAAUGGGCUUCUGGAGAUACAAGUUUUAGAUUGGAGGAUGAAUUGAGGAUCAACAACCAAUCAGAAGCAUUAAAAAAGAUUCGCCACUUGUCGACUCACCACUUGUCUUACACAAAAUUUGAAGCAAUUCACGAAGCUGUGAACUUGAGGACAAUCUUUGAAGUCAACUAUGUUGCAUCUGGUAUAGAUUUUCCAAUUUUUUUUCCAAAAUUCAAAAAAUUGAGGGUGUUGUCGCUAAAGAGUGAUUUUUAUAUGUUAAGGAGUGCUCCAAUCAUCAGUUUACCUGAUACCAUUGGAGAUUUGAAACAUUUGAGGUACAAGUUUGAAAAUGAUAAGGGCCUCCUAACUAGUAAGUGUUAA